AUGAGUUAUUAUAGAACUCAAUGGUAUCUACUUCCUUAUAAACUUUUUAAAUGCGAAGAGGUUGUUGAAAAAGAUGAUUUAUUGACAAAUGCAUCUCAAGCGAGCAAUGAAAAUGUGAAUGAAAAUGAGGAUGAACCACCCCGCAAGAAACACCAAAGGGGCAUGAACAAGAAAAGACCAAGGAAUCCUAAUCCCUUGGCAAAAGAUAAGAUUUGCUUGCAGUUUUUAGAUGGCAAGUGUAAAUUUGGAGAUAAAUGCUACUAUUCACAUGACUUACAGAUCUUAAUAAAACAUCGUCAGCCAGAUAUUCUUGGAAAGUGCAGAAACUUUGAGCUGUAUGGAAAUUGUCCUUACAGCAUUACAUGUAGAUUUGGCAAACAGCAUCUCACUGAGGAUUUUAUAAAUGUUACAAGAGAAUGUUGCAAUGGAUCAUACAAUGAUCAAAUCAUGAAUAUUUUAAGUAAAUCGUUGCAAGUUAAACUAAGGAAAAAACAAUUUUUAUUUCCCAAAUCUGAUGAUUACAUAAAGCAGAUAAAAGAAUCAAAGGUACAAUCUCAAGAUAAUGAUCAAACUGUACAGACUUUGGGAGCUUUCACAAAUGAGAAUGUGAUACGUAUGAAGCCUGCAGAAAAGAAGAAGGUUGGUAAUUUACCCUUCAGAAGAUUAUGCAAGUCUCAUGGAGCAGAUGUUACAUGUGGUGAAAUGGCUAUGUGUACUAAACUUCUCAGACAUUGGGAUAUAUCUUCUACAGAGCGAUUAGAUAUUGUCAAAGAAUACGUGAACUACGGUUUAGAGCACUGGGGAUCUGAUACCGAGGUGUUGAAAGGACCAGGCGUUUUCUUUAGAAUGGUUAUCAUUCCUAUACAGGAAUUGACUGUAUGA